AUGUCGCCCCCAAUGUCCCCGUCCUCUUCAUUCUCUUCCUCUGCGUCCUGGACGGAAGGAUCCAGCGAGUCGUCCAUCUCUUCCGAUUUUCCGCCUUCGCCCGACAUGCAGGGUACACCGAGCAAAAAGAAAUCCAGUACUGGGAUCACGCAACACGAGCAAACACUCCAAUCAAGCCAAGUGAAUAAGGACUCUUGGGCCUCUGAAAUCGACGGCAAGAUCAGUCUCUUCGACAGGACUCUCCCAGAAUUCUUCCAACACUACGUCCCCUGCGAAUCGCCUUUCCCCGGGGACCGUCCAUGGCGUGAAGCAUCUGACGUAUUUGGAGACGUCCCUGUUGAUGGUAAAGAGACUGCGAAAUAUCCGGAAUUGCUAUCAGGACUGAGGAGGCUUGUACGAGAAUUUGAGCCCAAACGCAGACCCCUGUUCGCCGACGGCAGUAGAUGUCCUAUUCGGUUCCCGUUCGAUGCGUGGGAGGACGAGCACAAUUACACUAUGCCGGACAUCCUUAUGUCGUUUCCCGGAGUACGCGCCAAGAAAUGGGCCGGGUCAUGGCAAGGCAUCUCGAUGGUGUUCGAGAUCAAACGUACAAGCGGCGAAGAUCCAAUUGGCAAGUAUGCCGUGAAACCUGGCAAACAGGAGACGGGCGUACUCACGCAGCUCGCGAAGAGCGCGCGGAAUCUCCUGUUGACACACGGGAUGCUCUUUAUGUACAUCGUCGGCAUCUACGGCGACAUUGCUCGGAUCUACCGCGUCGACCAUGCGGCCUGCGUCGUUUCACGAUCAUUCGACAUCAAGAAGAGGCCAUGGCCUCUCCACGAACUGCUCUGGCGUUUCUGUCACUACCAAGCGCCGCAGGGAGGCGUACCAGGCGCACCCCUCACCAAUAUGCUUCUCGGCGCUGAUCCGUCGGUUCAGCAAGCUACCGAACGCGAUGUCAAGCUUGCUGAAAAUCAGGGCGUGACGACGGACGAGCAAGCGUACCUGAUUUAUCGCAUCCGCUCUCUUAAUCCGCGACUCUUCUCGCGCGCGACCAUCGUGUGGGAUGCGCUUGAAGAGGGGACGUGGGAGCGCUGCGCAAUCAAGGAUGCGUGGAGACAACUUGCGCGCGAUCGCGAGGACGUAUUGUACGAUCAAAUCCGUGGAGCGUUUCGAGACCGACCGUGGCGCGAGUUGCUCGAAGACUACCUCUUCAUGCAUAGUAACGAUGGACCUGAAGGGAAGCCAUCAAUUCCGACCGGACCCUUCCAGGUAGAUGAACAUGGCUGUGUUAUGCUCCCGCCAGAGAUAGAAGAGAUGCUGGUCGACGCAGAGCUGGAUCCCAUGGUCGCGGAGCUAUAUGGCCUCCCGGAGACGUCGUAUAGCGAUGAUCUUGGAGCACGCGAGGCAGACAAGGCCCUGCACCCGGACUCGGGCGUUGCUGGUGCCCGUGACGGCCUCAUAUCUACCGCAAACAAUCCUGACCGGCCACCCGUGUAUGGCCAUCGCACCAUUUGUGGUUCGUUGCGAGGCCCACAGAGGGCGGUAUACGAUGAACGGGGCCACAUGCGGCUGGUAAUGAAGACGGUUGGCCGGCCUUUGUCCGCUUUCAAAUCGACGAAGGAGCUUGUUCAUGCUCUCCGGGAUGCUAUCAUUGGACAUAGGCAAGCAUAUCAAGCUGGUGUCAUUCAUCGAGACGUCAGCGAGGGCAACGUGAUGAUUUGCGAUACGCGGAUGGCCUUCUUCGUUGGCUUCCUCCUCGAUUUCGACUACGGCUUUGACUGGAAGGCUGCGCUCAUGCAUGCGGGGUUCCCGGUCAACGAGGCAAACUGGAAGAUGUUCGUUGAGAAGUACAACGAAAGUCUGACUCACCCUGUGCGACCUGGACCGCCUGAAAAGAUCAUUCCUUUCUUGGGCCCCCAUACUACAGACGGUUCACCGCACACCAAGGCCGCUCGGGAGCAGUGGGAAGCGAGGAUGAAGAUGAAGGAAAGAACGGGCACACUUUUUUUCAUGGCCGUCGAAAUCCUGGAAACCUAUCUUGCGCACGAUGUUCGCCACGAUCUGGAGUCGUUCUUCUGGCUCUUGUUAUGGAUUGUUUUGCGACACACAAACCAUACGAGCUAUCCAACCUAUUACUCUGUUUACCUCAAAGUUUUCGCUGCGCAAGACGGAGCAGAUAGCGCGGCAAGGAAGAGACAGUUCCUCCAGACCCGGAUGGCAUUCGAGGUAAAGGAUAACAAACCGCUGAUGAAUCUCAUCCGCGACUUCAAGCGGUUGUGCCGACACAGCAUCCCGUUGGCGGGCGAUGAUCCGUCAACGUCAACGACGGUUCCUCUCACCUACGAAAGCGUGUUGGCCGUGUUUGACACGGCGCUUGCGGAUCCGUCUUGGCCGACGAAUGACGCUGCGCUACCGUUCAAACUUCCACGCAAUGUCAACGGUUCGCAGCCGGGUCAAGACGACUCUGAAGGAUCGCAGGACAAGAAACGCGCGAGGGACGCUGAUGACAUGGAGCACAUUGAGGAAGAAGAGGACGACGACGAUCCAUUCAAAAUGCAUCAACGUGCUCCCAAGAGGCCACAGAUCGCUUGCCCGGGCCUCAGUUCUCUGCGAUUCGAGCUCGGGGAAGCUGGACCGAGUCAUUAG